AUGCCUUUCCUACAGGCUCCAGAGGACAAGCAGGACGGCGACCGUACCCCCGGGGACUUGCGCAGCGUGCUAGUCACCAGCGUGCUCAGCCUCGAGCCGCUGGAUGAGGACCUCUUCAGAGGAAGGCAUUACUGGGUACCCACCACUCAGCGGCUGUUUGGGGGUCAGAUCGUGGGUCAGGCCUUGGUGGCUGCAGCCAAGUCUGUGAGCGAAGACGUCCACGUUCACUCCCUGCACUGCUACUUUGUCCGGGCAGGAGACCCGAAGGUGCCAGUCCUGUACCAGGUGGAGCGGACGCGAACGGGGGCGAGUUUCUCAGUCCGCUCUGUGAAGGCAGUGCAGCAUGGCAAGCCCAUCUUCAUCUUCCAGGCCUCCUUCCAGCAGACCCAGCCCAGCCCCGUGCAGCACCAGUUCUCCAUGCCCACCGUGCCCCCGCCGGAGACACUACCCGACUCUGAGACCCUCAUUGGCCAGUACUUGAGGGAUCCUAACCUCCACGAGAGGUACCGAGUGGGCCUGAACCGAAUAGCUGCUCAGGAUGUGCCAAUCGAGAUCAGGAUCAUAAACCCACCCACCCUGAACCAGCUGCAGCGCCUGGAGCCCAAACAGAUGUUCUGGGUGCGAGCCCGAGGCCAUAUCGGGGAGGGCGACAUGAAGAUGCACUGCUGUGUGGCUGCCUAUAUCUCGGACUACGCCUUCCUGGGCACAGCGCUGCUGCCCCACCAGUGGCAGCACAAGGUGCACUUUAUGGUCUCCUUGGACCACUCCAUGUGGUUCCACGCCCCCUUCCGAGCUGACCACUGGAUGCUGUACGAGUGUGAGAGCCCCUGGGCUGGUGGCUCCCGGGGACUGGUCCAUGGGCGGCUGUGGCGUCAGGACGGGGUCCUGGCUGUGUCUUGUGCCCAGGAGGGAGUGAUCCGAGUGAAGCCCCUGGUCUCGGAGAGCAAGCUCUAGCCUAAGGCACCAGCUUGGCCUGGGCCUUCAUUCGAGGACCUCCCUGCCACUGCACUCCUGAAGUAAGAGUUACAGUACAAGGCGGGGCCUUCGGCUGCUGGCAUCUAAUAAAGAGACUGGAACCACUGGAA